AUGAGUGCGACGAACUGCACGCUAGUAGUGGGAGUUGACGUGGGAGAUGCCGUUGUUGCGUCUCACAAAGCGCCUACCACAUCCAACGUGACGCUCUCUGUCCAGGCCACUCUGAAAGCCCUGCUUGAUAAGUCAAACGUGGACCCAGCGCACAUCACAGCACUUGCUAUCGGCACGACACACUUUCUCAACGCCAUUAUUGAGAGAGAUACAUCCCGCGUUGAAAAGAUUGCCGUUCUGCGCUUAGCCUCACACAACUUUUCAACUGGAACCCCGCCAUUUGCGGACUGGCCUUCGGCCCUAAAGCGCAUCAUCAAUGGGCAUUCGGCCAUCAUCCCUGGGGGUUGCAACAUUGACGGAACCCUCAUCAGCCCGAUCGACAUAGAGACUGUAAGGGCGCAGGCAAAGCAAAUCAAAACUAAGGGUCUCAAGAAUGUUGCAGUCGUCGGUAUCGGCUGCAACACCGACAAAGACUACCACCAAGAAGACGAGGUGGAGAAGAUAUUGCGCAGCGAGCUGGGUCAAGAUGUGAACAUUAUUCUUUCGCACAACAUCGCCGGUCCUGGUCUUCUGGCCCGUGAGAAUGCAACAAUACUCAACGCUUCGAUUCUCAACUUCGCGCAACGCACUAUUAGAGCCUUCAUCGGUGCCAUGCGCCGCAUUGGCCUCCAGUGUCCCCUGUAUCUUACUUCCAACGCAGGUCAUUUGUUACCCUUCUCCGAAGCCAUGCAAGCCCCCAUCAGGAUCUUCUCCUCCGGGGCGACCAACUCCAUCCGGGGCGCCGCGUUUCUUGCCAGAGACUCAAUCGACAAAUCUGGCAGCAUCGUCGUCGAUAUCGGUGGCACAACUUCUGACGUGGGAUAUCUUCUAAACAACGGAUAUCCUAGAUUGUCCAAGAGCUACACAGCAUUGGCUGGUGUAAAGGUCAAUCUGGAAAUGCCUUCUGUUGAGAGUAUCGGUCUCGGUGGAGGCUCAAUUCUACACAGUGGGGAAGACGGCUCUAUAAGCGUUGGGCCUGACAGUGUUGGCCAUGAUCUCGUCACUAAGGCUCUUUGCUUUGGAGGCGACGUUGCCACUGCGACUGAUGUUGCCGUGGCUUCUGGUGCCCAAAUUGGCAACGCCGCUGUGUCUUUGACGGCCGACGUUGUCGAUAAAGGCAGAGCCCGGAUACGGAAAAUGCUGGAGGCGGUCAUCGACCGCGCCAAGCUGUCACCCGAGCCAUGCACUGUCAUACUUGUCGGAGGCGGUUCCGUUCUAUGUCCUACAGAGCUCACCGGGGUUAGUAAGGUUAUCGUCCCCGAACAUGCUGGUGUUGCCAACGCCAUUGGUGCUUCAAUCGCGAGGAUCUAUGGUUCUGCCGAAACCAUCAUCCACGGUUCGGACAUCCAGGGUGGUAUCGCAGAGGUAAAGGCUAGGGCAAUCCACAAUGCAGUAGCCAAGGGUGGAGAUGACAGUUCCGUGACUGUCCUGCACGAAGAAGUUGCCGGAGUCCCCUAUGUGCAGAACCAGACCUCCAUCAAGAUUGAGGUUGCCUUGCCCGCUGAUCAUAAGCGAGUUUACUCCGAGAUGGUUAAAACUGCUGCCCCAGACCAACUUAUCGACGAAGAGAUGUUUGAGGAAACCAAGAAGCAUGAUUCACUAGCUUCUGAGGACCAUCCGGAAGAUGAAGAGGUGGAUCUCAAGAGCUACAAGCCCAUGGUGGACUCCAACGGCUUGUGGUCGCUCUCCAAAACUGAUAUCAAUUUCUUAUCCAUUGGCUGCUACAUUCUCGGAUGCGGUGGCGGCGGAUCUCCUUACGCCUCAUACCUCCAACUGAAGCAACUCCUCACUGAGGGAGAGUCAAUGAGAAUUGUCCGUAUUGAAGAUCUCAAGGACGACGAGAUGAUGCCACCCGUCGCUAGUGUUGGUACUCCAGCGGUGAGCAUAGAGCGACCAGGAGGAGACGGUGUAUGGCAUGCCAUGCAGGAGAUGGAGAAAGAGAUGAAGACGAAGUUUGAAAAACUGAUCGCUACCGAAAUCGGGGGCGCAAACGGUGUUGCUACAUUGAUCUGGGGAAGCUCACGAUACUAUGACAUCCCGACUGUAGAUGGGGAUAUGAUGGGACGAGCGUACCCUCAGUUCGAGAUGGUGUCGCAAUACAUUCACGCCAAGUCGAUCAACGAGCUCCUACCUGUAACUCUUUGCAGCGGUACUGGCCACAACGUCGUCAUCCCAGCGACUCAGACCGACGAAACUUCGGCAGGCAUCGCUAUCCGAGACGCAUGCGUUGCCAUGGGGUCCGCAGCUGGUGCCGCCGGCCGUCCUAUUCCUGGAAAACUCAUGCGCGAGGUUGGAAUCCCAAACACUUACUCGCUGGCCUGGCGUCUCGGACGCGUCGUCGCCCUAGCACAGCAAGUCGGUACUGUCUCAACCGUGACCAAAGACAUUAUUGAGGCAGCUGGUGGUUCUGGUAGCGCCAAGGUGCUGUUCCAAGGCAAAAUUCGCAGCGUCGAGAGCACCUUGACGACCACGGCGCACAGCUUGGGGAAAGUGAUUAUUGAGAGGCUCAGUGAGAGUGAGAUGGAGACAGAAACGGACAGAAUCGGAGAGGGAUUAAAAGAGGUUGUCGUUCCUUUCAUGAAUGAAAAUCUCGGUGUACUGGGCAAGUCGGAAGAUGGAAGUGAAACAGUCCUAGCUACUGUUCCGGACCUGAUAUGUCUUCUGGACACCUCCACAGGAGAGGCCGUUGGCGUUCAGGAAUACCGCUACGGACUGAAGGUCGCAGUAAUGAUUAUGGCGGGGCAUCCGCUAUGGGCCACGGAACGGGCACUUGAAAUCGCCGGCCCUAAGGUGUUCGGUCUGCCCCACGACUAUAAGACGACACUAAAGUACACGAAACCCGUAAGUGUCAUCGAUGAGUUUCGCCAUGGAUGCAACGGCGAUGAUUGUACAAAUUGCAAGUACAAAUGGUAG